CAUCAGCCAUCCCUUGCUCCUUCGACCUUCGAACCCAUUCAUCCGUUACCCCGACAAUCGUGUGUACACGUUAUUCGAGGAAACGAGAAAGUGCGACUUAUCAAAUAAACAAUAAACCAUAAACAAUCAAAUGUUGAUCGAAGUGCCAGUGAGGAUUUAAACAUUGUGAAAAUAAAAAUACAAAAAUCCCUUUGUAUUUAAUUACUUUUGAGUGAAGUGAGUACGCACAGAUCUGUUGUCUCCCGAUACCCAGGAUUACUGGGGGGCAACUGUUGUCGUACAUAUUCAGCUUAAAAUAAAUAAUUAAACAAAUAAGACAAAAAUGCUCAUUGACGAGAUGCCGCGAAGCUUCGUCAAGAAGAACAACAGCUACAGCCACUGCCCGUUGAAGAAGCGACCAGUGCAUGUGAUGCUGUACGAUGAAGUGCCAGAAUCAGCAAAAGAUGAGAUAAUCGACGUGGUGACCGACGACAUCCCGGAGCCGGAGAACCUCAGUACCAAGCCAGAGGACCUCAGCAGAUCAGCCCCAAAGCGUCGUUCUGUCUCUCGUUCCCCGUCGCCAGUUCCCCACAAGCAGCCUCACCUGGACCACCAAAUUCCGUCAUCCCCAGUGGCCCACUACCCCCCGAAACCGCUGACUCCGCCCGUCGGAGUGGCCCCCAUCCACCCGCUCGUGAAGAAAGAGCGGGUCGAAGUGAUCCAGCACGACGGUGGUGCGGUGUCAACGGGCUCGAUGCACUUCAUGUCCACGAAGGCGCCCCUCGAGCCCCUGAACCUGAACACACCAGUGGAGCCGGUGCCCCAUUACGCCACCCCGGCCUGGGCGAGAGCAGCCCCCCUGUACCCCCCGCACUACCUUCCCUACCCGGCCUAUCGUUUCCACCAUCACCCGGGCGCCGAGCUGUACCCGGCGUACCCGCUGCCAGCGUAUCCUCACUCCCCUGAGCACGCGUCAGCCUCACCGCCGCCGAUGCAGCACACAGCGCUGACAUGCCCGACGAUCCAGAGACCGAUUGCCAGGAGUUACGCGCACUGGGCCGCGUCGUCGAGCCCCGACCACUGCGGCCUGUCGCCAACGAGUUCAGUGGGCUACUCAUCCCUGCGUUCGCCACCCCCAGUCACCCCCGAGGACCUCUCAUCCCCCGGCAGCGACAGCGGGAGAUCCUCAGCUGGAAGCACCUCAGCAGGAUCGAGCAUCCUCAUGAAGAUGGACAGCAACACCAGCCCCAUCGCCACCUCCAAUCCCGCUAACCAGACGAGUGCGUCCACCAGGUACCAGUGCCCGGACUGCGGCAAAUCGUACUCCACGUACUCGGGCCUGUCGAAGCACCAGCAGUUUCACUGCGCCGCCGCCGAGGGCCAGACCAAAAAGUCCUUCUCCUGCAAGUACUGCGAGAAAGUUUACGUCAGCCUUGGCGCACUCAAGAUGCACAUCAGGACGCACACGCUGCCCUGCAAGUGCCAUCUCUGCGGGAAGGCCUUCUCCAGGCCUUGGCUACUCCAGGGACACAUCAGGACGCACACCGGGGAGAAGCCCUUCAGCUGUCAGCAUUGCAAUCGCGCCUUCGCUGAUAGGAGCAAUCUCAGGGCUCAUCUGCAGACGCACAGCGAUGUCAAGAAGUACUCGUGCACGUCGUGCAGCAAGACCUUCAGCAGAAUGUCUUUACUCACCAAACAUCAGGAGGGCGGCUGUCCCGGUAUGAAUGUUCCCAUUGGUUACGGGUGUUGAGGGGGAUGGGGGGUAUUCCGAGUGCCUUAACGUGGAAUUUCACGAUAGACUGAAUUUACGAGGAGUACAAAUAUUAAUAUAUUUUCUAUUUUUAUUGUAUAUGUGAGCAGAGUUGCCAGAUUGGGCGGGUUGACGAUAAUUUGGCGGGUUCGGAAUGUUUAGGGCUCGAGGGGCGAAAUGUAUUUGAAAAAUCUUCGUAGGAUGAAGUAUGACUCAAUAUCUAGUUUUGCAAGUUACUGAUUUUCUUGUUUACAUAUCGGUAUUCAAUUCUGCUGUUGCAACAUUAUCUAGCCAUCGUUUCCGAUGAUGAGGACCAGUUGUUCCAAUUGUUUUUUCUAGAAGCUAUUCUUUGGAACAUUUUUUUAAUGAACUCGUCAAUUAGUUACAUCAAUGUUUUGACAGAUUCCCAUGAUGACUUCAUUUGUAAAUCUGAUUUUUUGGCGAUAUUUCGUAUCCAAUGAAGGUUCAUUACAUUAAACACGCACGUAUUCACGCAUAGACUGCUGAAAAAAUCAUUAUAUGAAAAAUGGGCGAAUUUUUGCCGACACUAGCACCGACUUUGGACGAUUUAGGCGACAUUGGAGGGAAUUACUGGCGACGAAACCCCUGAAAUAUCUGGCAACCCUGUAUGUGAGAGGGUAAAUGAGAAAAUCGAGAUUUUCUUAGUUAGGGACGAGGUGUCGAGCUAAUCGGGUUCUUUUUGUACUUAUUCUGGGGUCGAGUGGAUGAGGAGGUUUUUUUCCUUUCAACAUGGUUUUUUAGGGGAAAUCGUGCCACCGCUGGACGCGGUACCGUGAAACUUUAGUGCCAUGAUUUGAUUUUUUUUUUCAUCUUUCAGUUCCAUUCCUUUCGCUUAUUAAUUUAUCUCUAGGGUUAGUUGUAAUUUCGGUUAGGUUGCGGCGGAGACAGCACUAAAGUGCUGAAAAUGUACAUAAUUUUUUGGCGAUGAGGCACAGGCCGUUUGCGUUCUUAAGUGUAUGGGGAGAAAAAUUAUUCACUUUUGAUUGAGUUACUCGAACAUACUAGUCAUUGUACAUAAACACAAAGAUUAAAGAGUGUGUGUUUGGCGUGUGUGCGCAGAGAAAGUAGAGUGGAGUCAAAAAUUGGAGGAUUAUUCCGUUGGAAUACCAUUUUCGAGAGAAAUAUUGCGCGGACUCAGGGCGAGUACCACUAUAAUUUUAUAUAAGAGGUUUUUUGUAAAGAAAGUAAAUAUAAACUGGCAGCGU